AUGGAAGACGUAUUUUCUAAGCUAGUUCUUCAUCUAGAUGAUGAAAUUGAAGAUGCUGAAGAAGAAACCUUUGUUCUCUACUCGCAGCCCAUUCCCUCUCAGAACCUAGGCUUCGUCGACUCAAAAGCAAAGGCUAUACAAGUCGAUACUGGGGAAUCAGAAUACACUAUUCAUCAAUCACCCACGGUGCUCUCGUCAAACCGAGCGGGAGGCACCACGGGAGCUGUUCUUUGGAAAGUCACGCCGCUAUUCGCAUCAUGGCUAGCGUCAAAGGACAACAUCUUAUUCAAACAUGGGAUUAUCCGUUCUGACUCUAUAGUUGCCGAACUGGGCUGCGGGAUAUCACCACUAAAUGCAUUUGCCAUUGGCGGCCGUGUGCAGCGCUACGUUUUAACAGACCAGCCGUACGUACAGCGACUAGUCUUGCAAAACAUUGAAGAAAACAGUCAUUUAUUACGCUCAGCACGUCUGCCGAAGAAACAGCCCCAAACCAAUAUCGAGUUUGCGGUCCUCGACUGGGAAACGGACACUGCAUCUCCAAGCCUGGUAGGAUCCGGUGCCCGAAGCUUCGACGUCGUUCUGGCCUGCGAUUGCGUAUUUAACUAUGCGCUAGUUAAACCGUUUGUCGAAACCUGCGUCGAGGUUUGCAGGCUUCGCCAAAAUGAUGAUAGUCACGAUGCCCCAUGUGUCUGUAUUGUUGCACAGCAGCUGCGUAACGACGAAGUGUUUUUGCUAUGGCUACAGACAUUUACUCAAUUCUUCCGCGCCUGGAAGAUUCCAGAUGACGCUUUACCGCCUGGCUUAAAAUCUUCGGAUGGAUUUGUAGUUCAUAUUGGAAUUCUUCGACCAGACUCCUGA